UCACACGGCCGGCAGCUUGGAGCCCUGAGAGCCCGCAGGCUUCCAAGCGCCUGUAGUUUCUCCCUCGCAAACUCUCAACUUUCUUCCGUCGUGUGAAAAUUGCCUCUCCGGCCCCAAAGCUUUCCUUCCUCACCAUGAGCGGGGUAAGAAGUGACCUUUUGAGGUGACUAUACCUGAAGAUUGCUUUCCAGAAGCCAAAAAGGUUUUUGAGUCAUGAUGCAAGAAUCUGGGACUGAGACAAAAAGUAACGGUUCAGCCAUCCAGAACGGGUCCAGCGGCAGCAACCACUUGCUCCCCUGUGCCAGUCUUCGCGAGGGGCGGUCCAACGGGGAGACGCCGGCUGCGGACGGGGGGGCCGCCGAGCUCGUGCACGUGCAGCAGCAGCAGGCACUUCAAGUGGCCAGACAGCUUCUCCUUCAGCAGCAACAACAGCAGCAAGUUAGUGGAUUAAAAUCUCCCAAGAGGAAUGACAAACAACCAGCCCUUCAGGUUCCCGUGUCAGUGGCUAUGAUGACACCUCAAGUUAUCACUCCCCAGCAAAUGCAGCAGAUCCUCCAGCAACAAGUGCUGAGCCCUCAGCAGCUCCAGGUCCUCCUCCAGCAACAGCAGGCCCUCAUGCUCCAACAGCAGCAGCUUCAAGAGUUUUAUAAAAAACAACAGGAACAGUUGCAGCUUCAACUUUUACAACAACAACAUGCUGGAAAACAGCCUAAAGAGCAGCCGCAGGUGGCCACCCAGCAGCUGGCCUUUCAGCAGCAACUCCUCCAGAUGCAGCAGCUGCAACAGCAGCACCUCCUGUCUUUACAGCGCCAAGGCCUUCUCACCAUUCAGCCAGGGCAGCCUGCCCUUCCCCUCCAGCCGCUCGCUCAAGGCAUGAUUCCAACAGAACUGCAGCAGCUCUGGAAAGAAGUGACAAGUGCUCAUUCUGCAGAAGAAACCACAGGCAGCAAUCACAGCAGUUUGGAUCUGACCACGACAUGUGUCUCCUCCUCUGCACCUUCCAAGACCUCCUUAAUAAUGAACCCACAUGCCUCUACCAAUGGACAGCUCUCAGUCCACACUCCCAAAAGGGAAAGUUUGUCCCAUGAGGAGCAUCCCCAUAGUCAUCCUCUCUAUGGACAUGGUGUAUGCAAGUGGCCAGGCUGUGAAGCAGUUUGUGAAGAUUUCCAAUCAUUCCUAAAACAUCUCAACAGCGAGCAUGCGCUGGACGAUAGAAGUACAGCUCAAUGUAGAGUACAAAUGCAGGUUGUACAGCAGUUAGAGCUACAGCUUGCAAAAGACAAAGAGCGCCUGCAAGCCAUGAUGACCCAUCUGCACGUGAAGUCUACGGAACCCAAAGCCGCCCCUCAGCCCCUGAAUCUGGUAUCAAGUGUCACACUCUCCAAGUCUGCAUCUGAGGCUUCUCCACAGAGCUUACCUCACACUCCGACGACCCCAACCGCCCCCAUCACUCCUGUCACCCAAGGCCCCUCCGUCAUCACCACCACCAGCAUGCAUACGGUGGGACCCAUCCGCAGGCGGUACUCAGACAAAUACAACGUGCCCAUUUCUUCAGCAGAUAUUGCGCAGAACCAAGAAUUUUAUAAGAACGCAGAAGUUAGACCACCAUUUACAUAUGCAUCUUUAAUUAGGCAGGCCAUUCUCGAAUCUCCAGAAAAGCAGCUAACACUAAAUGAAAUCUAUAACUGGUUCACAAGAAUGUUUGCUUACUUUCGACGCAAUGCGGCCACAUGGAAGAAUGCAGUGCGUCAUAAUCUUAGUCUUCACAAGUGUUUUGUGCGAGUAGAAAACGUUAAAGGGGCAGUAUGGACAGUGGAUGAAGUAGAAUUCCAAAAACGAAGGCCACAAAAGAUCAGUGGUAACCCUUCCCUUAUUAAAAACAUGCAGAGCAGCCACGCCUAUUGUACACCCCUCAAUGCAGCUUUACAGGCUUCAAUGGCUGAGAAUAGUAUACCUCUAUACACUACCGCUUCGAUGGGAAAUCCCACUCUGGGCAACUUAGCCAGCGCAAUACGGGAAGAACUGAACGGGGCAAUGGAACAUACCAACAGCAACGAGAGUGACAGCAGUCCGGGCAGAUCCCCUAUGCAAGCCGUGCAUCCUGUGCACGUCAAAGAAGAACCGCUCGAUCCAGAGGAAGCUGAAGGGCCUCUGUCCUUAGUGACAACAGCCAACCACAGUCCAGAUUUUGACCACGACAGAGAUUACGAAGACGAACCAGUAAAUGAGGACAUGGAGUGAACGUCUCUGGGCGGGGGCCAGCCCAAGAACGAAGAUUGGGGGAAAAAAACAAAAAAACAAAAACAAAACAAAACAAAACACGUCAAAAGUUAGCAGUGAAAUUGUUCUCCAUUUGUUGUACAGUCUGGAGGAUUUUCACUACAUUUUGACAACUCUGAAACGUGUUAACUCUUAGUGCCAUCAAGAAUCCCAUUUGGGAGUAUUUUUGAUUUUUCUACUUUUUGUUGAAAAAAGGAAUUUGUACUCUGUGCAUUGGAUGGACUUGUUUGGUACUUGGGAUUUUCCGCUCUUAAGUCAACAUCAGUGUUGUAAAUUUGCUAAACUGAUUCACUUUUAGCAGCAGACUUUGAACUGCAGUCCUGCCGACGUCGGACACUGAGGACACCCAGCUGAGCAUGUGCACCUAAGCCGCAGACCAAGCCUCUGCCCGGAAUUUAAGGAUUCCAACGGACGACCGAUUUGCACAGUACUGCAUGUUGAUUAUCACUGCCUUUACUCUUUUUUUUUUUUUUUUGGUUCGUUUUUGUUUGCGUUUUGCUUCCAGUUGGGAUGGGGAAGGCCUUUGUGUGUGUAUUGGGGGGAGGGGGUUAAAAAGUAAUUAUCCCGAACUUUUUAAUGUAUUGCAUUUUUUUUUUUUUUUUUUUUUUUUUUUUUUGCUUCUACUCUACCAUUUUAAGUUCUGACCUCAGGCCUCCGUUUGGGCCCACGGCCUCCUGGAGGCUUCAAGUUUUCUGUACCUUGUGAUGAAUGUUAAUAGGUGUUUUUAUUAUACAAAAGCUGAAUGUCAUUUCUCGUUCGCAGUUUUCUGUCACUCAUUCCAGCUUCCUUCAGACAUAACCACGUUUUCUCCAAAGUCCGAAAACAUUCCGUUUUGGUCUUUUUCAAAAAAGGUCCCAAAUGCUGCACUCUACACAUGAAGGUCCUCUCACACAGACGUGAAGUCCUGCCAGAAAGAAAGAGAAUGAAUGACAGAAAAAAAAAAAAAAAAGAAUAGAGACACCCUAGGAACAACGCAGAUUCAUUCCACGAAGCAGUAUUGGAGGCGGGAAGGGGGUUGUUUCAGGUUUGGUUUCAGUUUUUUGGUUUUUGGUUUUUGGUGUUUUCUAUUUUACAGCUACCAUCGUGGUUAAGCAGUGCCCCAGCACAAGGAGACCUAGGCAGCGCUCCCCCCACCCCCUAAGAGCUCCUGCUAGACCCCCAGUGUGGCCGUGGAGGGCUCGCCCUGUGGUGACCAAGUUGCCAUGGGCCACAGGCUCGCUGAGGUGAAAACCAACACGGGUUGCUUUGUUUGCAAAAGGACCCAAAAAGCUGGCUUCCCCCGAGCAACUCUGGUGAAAGUGGUGGCAGCGCUGAAUUUGAACGUCAGUCCAGACCUGCUUGGUGGCAUUAAUCUGUUUGAAUGCAAAUUAGAUUUCAGAUUGAAUUUGUUAUGGAAGUUAAUGAGGACUGAGUUCAGCAAUGCUCAAGUGUUCAUUUCAAACAUGUGAAUUCGGUACUGCAGUUCAGUUUGUUAUGCAAUAUUAUCACACCAAGCCAGUAUCCAAAACUAACAGAAGACAUCGAGGAGACGGGGGUGCAUGGUGCCCCAGAAUGUUUGGAGAAACAUACAUGGCACGCAGAAUGUGACAGUCAUCGGUCAGUACAACCUCAGUCCUUAGAACCCCUCAACGCCUCCACUCUGCACCCACUUUCCUGUCACUCAUUUAUUUAUCUAGGACCGUAGCUUUUGUUUUUAGUUUGAGAGCCUUUCGGAGCUUAAUUUAUAUUCUUUGUACCUUUUUUUUUUUCCCUAAAAUUACCAAAGAUAUUACGCAAAGGUAAAUUAUGUUCUCUGUUUUAUGCUUUAUCUGAUGAAGCCAAAUAUCCUCUUAUUGUUGAUCAAAGGAGGUGAAAGAAUUUAGAGGCAAUUGAUGAGUUCUAGGCUAUUGCUAACCUGAGAAAGAGAACUGCUCCUUCGUCAUAGAAUAAAUUUAGAAGACCAAGUAGGUAAUGGAACCAAAGCUGUUACUUUUGUUAUUUUUUUUUUUUCUUGUUCUGUACCUCAACAGAGACCAAAACUCAUAAAUAUGAGAGGUUACGGGGCUGCUGAAGGUGUUACAGGAGCUAGGGAAGGAGAGGAGUCCCAUCUCAAAACCAUGAAUGGAUGCCACUGCAAAUUAGGGAGUAACCAGUAAAGGAGACAGUCAAGAUAAAAUGGAACGAAAACAGAAAAGCUUCUACAAUGCAACUCAAUCACGUAGUACCAUUCCUAGAAUGUUUUGUUUUGUUUUCCAGAAAGAUUGUAUGCCACUUUGGUUUUAAGGACUGUGCUAAGAUCACUGCAUCAAUUUUGCUCUGUCUGGGCAUUGAUCUUCCGGUAUUUUGUUUGGUUUAAAAUAUUUUCCUUUUUCCUUCCUUUUUUUUCUAAUUAGGCUUUGGUCAGCAUUUUUCAUUUAAAAAAAAAAAAGUAACACUCCCAUCCACUCAUAAGCUUGGUACAAAAACUUCUUUGCCAGUUUCUUUUGAAGCUUCACUCUGCUUUCUGUAUAAAGGGCAGUCUGUGGUCACUCGAGACUUUUUUUUUUCUUUUUCUUUUUCUUUUUUUUUUUAAACUUUUCCAGGCAGCUUCAUGAUGUGCAGGCAGUAGCCAGACAGGGUCAUGGGAAGGGGGCCCUGUGCUUCUAAACUGAGUGGUUGCUGGUUAGUUUGGUAUUCAAAAGAGGAUAAAAAUCUGGUAGAUUAGUUCAUUCUCAGCAUGUGUAGCUAGACAUGAGUAAAGAUAACAGCAUGAGAAACUGUUAGUACGCAUACCUCAGUUCAAACCUUUAGGGAAUGACGAAAAUUAAAAAAAAAAUACAUUUCACUCAGUUGCACUUAGUCGUAUGUCUUGCAUGCCUAGUCUAAAGACUGUAGCAAAAAGAAAAAAAAAAUUAGAUUUUACAUAUCUUUGCAGGUACCACAGCCCUGCAGAUAAACCAACUGAAAAAAAAAAUUCUCAGGCUUUACAGCAAGCAAAGUUCACUAUGAUUUUUACAAUUCUGAUUCUGUAUCCCUUGGGGGGGGGGUGUUCCAGUCGCUUCUUUAGGAUGGGGUUUAUUAUGUUGUACAUAUAUUCCAAUGUGUCUGUGUGAAUCUUUGUCUUUUUUGGGGGAGGGCGGAGGGUGGUUCUUUUUUUAGAUAUUGUUCCUAAAAAGGAAUAAAUGCAUACACCUGUUUGUCAAAACACCUUUGCUUUUUGUGCAACUGCUUUAUAUUAACGAUACUAAAAAAAAAAUAGCUUUGGAAAAAAACUGUAUGUAAUGGGAUUGCAGAAUAUGCUGCACAUGUAUUUUAUUUAGUUAUCCUUGCUUUAAGAAUAUUGGAUGACAUUUCCUGACAUGUGGGAGGGAGAAAUUCCCUAACCUUUUUUUUUCCCCCCCACCUUUGGCUUUUAAAUUGUAACAUAGUUGACAGAUUUUUUUUUUCUGUUCUCAUUGAUCAGAGCAUUUUGUACAGAUUUGUGUGUGUGUGUGCGCGUGCGUGUUAAUCUGUUUUUUGAUACAUUCCUAUCCCUUGUGUUUAUCCUACCACUGCCUUCCUGGCUAUCUUAAACCAGUUCAUACAUUUGAAAAGAGAAAAAAAAAAUGCUGUUUUAAAAAAAAAUGUUUUUCUCCUGCUGCAGUAAAUAUUUUGCAUGAUGAAAUGCCAGGGUCACACUUUCAAAGUUUAUCAGUGAAGUAGUGAUUAAUAAUGGGGAGUUGUCAAAGCUAUUGAACUUUUUGUAUAAAAAAAAAGAAAACUUUACAAGGUGCCAAGAUGUAAAGACAAUUUGUUACUUUUUUUUUUUUUCUUCAAAGAAAAGCGUACAUUAGGGAGAUAGUCCCUUGUAUCAGGCAAAUGCACUGUCAGGAAUGAGAAUCCAUCCUCCUUGUCCCUAGAGUCUGUCCUUGUAAGAGAGUGACGCUGCCCGCAAUGAACCAGCCGCGAGAUGAAGCAUCAAGGGUACUGUACAUGCAGAGUGACCGGCUGCCUCACGACCUUGGGACAGCUCAAACACUAUUCCCAGCAUUCCAUCACACCGAGUCAAGAAUACCUUGGAUUCUGCACCCCAAAUCUGAUGGAUGUAAAUCACUAGCUAUUUUAUCAUGGAAAAAAAAAGUUAAAAAAAAAAAAAUUCUCCUUUCCACAUUCCAGCUGAGCUCCGUUUCCAAGGGUACAAAGAAGAACACGCUCAUAAGGAUUUUGAAUCUUUGGGGUACCUUUUGGUUCGUGGUAUUCCCUCUUGAUAUUUUGGAUGUUUUUGAAUGUCGGUUUCGCUUUUUUAUCCUGAGAAUGAGACUUAAUUAUUCUAAAGGCAUUUUAUGGGCCCAGUGUGGUUCGCACGAUCUCUGCUACCCAGAAGCCUCGAGGAAGAUGGUCCAGUCCAGAAUGUGCGCACGGUGCUUCGUGGAUAUGUGCUGCCAGGAACGAGAAUUUUUUCAGUUUCGUUUUGUUUUGAUAAGGCAUAAAAGAAACUCAUUCCUUGACAUCAACUGUAAUUCCAUCAUUCCAUGUCUGUGGAUACAGACAAUAAAAAGAAAAUGUUGUGUAGUCAGUACUCAUUACUGACAUGAUAGCAUUCUCAAAUGCAAUAAAAAUGCUGGUUGUUCACACUGGUAGUAAAAA